CCUCGCGCCUAACUGCUAGCUUAGCAUUUGCUAGCAGCUUGGCGUGCAUUGCUAAGAGGUGGCCUAAGAGGUAGCCUGAUGGACCUGGGGGCAAAGUGUCACCAUGCUAACAGCCAAUGUUGUUUUAGUUUUUUUUACAACUCGUGUUACUUAAUACGCUACACAAAUAUACUGAGAUGAACAGCGAAAACUUCAGCCUGGGUGAGAAGAUCGUGUCCACCUCGUACAUUCGACAGGGCAGCCAGGCGCGCCGCGGCCAUGAGCAGCUCAUCAGACAUCUACUGGAGCAGGGGAAGUGUCCAGAGGACGGCUGGACUGAGAGCACCAUCGAGCUCUUCCUGAAUGAGCUGGCCGUGAUGGACAGCAAUAACUUCCUUGGCAACUGCGGCGUGGGAGAGCGGGAGGGCCGGGUGGCGUCCAGCCUCGUGGCGAGACGACAUUACAGGUUGAUCCAUGGCAUAGGUCGGUCAGGUGACAUCGCUGCUAUUCAGCCCAAAGCUGCAGGAUCCAGUCUGCUAAACAAGCUGACCAAUUCCGUGGUGUUGGACAUCUUAAAGCUCACCGGUGUCCGGAGUGCGGCGAGCUGCUUUGUAGUUCCCAUGGCAACAGGAAUGAGCUUGACUCUGUGCUUCCUGACUCUGCGCCAUCGAAGGCCCAAAGCCCGUUACAUCAUUUGGCCUCGCAUCGACCAGAAGUCCUGCUUCAAAGCCAUGAUCACAGCAGGCUUUGAACCGGUGGUGGUGGAGAACGUUCUUGAGGGCGAUGAGUUGCGGACGGACGUGGAAGCGGUUGAACGCACGAUCGAAGAACUCGGAGCCGAUAACGUCUUGUGUAUUCAUUCGACAACAUCCUGCUUUGCCCCGCGUGUCCCCGACAGGCUUGAGGAACUGGCUGCUCUGUGUGCCAAACAUAAUAUUCCCCACAUAGUUAACAAUGCAUACGGAGUCCAGUCGUCCAAAUGCAUGCACCUUAUACAGCAGGGGUCUCGUGUGGGAAGAAUCGACGCCUUUGUGCAAAGCUUGGACAAGAACUUCAUGGUUCCAGUAGGUGGCGCCAUUAUCGCGGGUUUUGAUGAGUCCUUCGUACAGGAGAUAAGCAAGAUGUACCCAGGUCGAGCGUCCGCUUCGCCUUCUCUGGACGUCCUCAUUACCCUUCUCACUCUGGGAGCCAACGGCUACAAGAAACUCCUCUCGGAGCGAAAGGAGAUUUAUUUGUUCCUGUCCCAGGAGCUGAAGAGUCUAGCCUCGGCACACGGGGAGAGAUUGCUUCACACCCCACAUAACCCCAUUUCUCUGGCCAUGUCUCUGGACGGUCUGCAGGCCGAGAGCGACAAGGCGGUGACUCAGCUGGGCUCCAUGUUGUUCACCCGCCAAGUGUCAGGAGCCAGGGUAAUACCGCUGGGUAAAGAGCAGACCAUAAAUGGACACCGGUUCCUGGGCUUUAUGUCCCACUCUGAGGCUUACCCCUGUCCCUACCUUAACGCUGCCUCCGCUGUCGGCAUCACCCGGGAGGACGUGACGCUGUGCAUCAAGAGGCUCGACAAGUGCCUCAAGGCCCUGAAGAAAGAGGGAAAUGCCACGAAAGGCAGUUCCCCGGGAGACCCCUCGAGCCAGGGGGACGCAACCGGGGAGUGACUGACGCAUCUGAAAUGAGAACCCUUAUGUAUUUCUUCUUCUGGGCCCUCUGCUGCCUCUUCUUCCAUUGGUGCCCUGGUUUGAGCCGCGUGCGUCUGCUAAUGGCUCUCGCUGAUGGAUCAUCAAUCCGGACAUUGUAAUAAGGUCAAAGCCUCCAGCUCAGCGUGCAACAGCUGGCGCCGGUGUUUAUUACAAACCCAAAUGACAAACGCUGAUGUCACUGAUUAAUUCUCUGCUCAGUAAAGGUGCGUCAGUAGAUAAUGGAAGGACAAGCGCUGUAUUACGAGCGCUUGGUGGGAACAUGUAGUUCACCGCUGAUCCAAAGUGUCUGCAAAGACUUGCUGCUCAACUAAAUUGUGUAUUUUGGACUCAAAAUAGAAUAUGGAUAAACUAUGUGAAAAUGGCCUCUA